AUGUCGUUGAAUCAACUAAGUCCAAUUGCUCAAGCGGAACUUGAGACUGGAACCACCACUCGUCCACAAAAGUUUAAAGGAGCUGAAGACUUUAGCACUUGGAAAACUCGCAUUCAAUCGUUCUUCGAGUACACGGACUACAAUCUGUGGCUCUCUGUCACCGCUGGACCCCAUAUUCCAACGGUAGUUCGAGGAGAUGCAGUAGUUGCUAACAAUGAUGCUACUACCUUCACUGAUGAAGAUAAGGCUCUUAUCCAACGAAAUGAAGAACUGAUCGAAAGCAAGAGAGAUAUGGUGCAGAAACAAUACGACAUGUUUUGUGGAGUUCGUGGAGAAAGUCUUUCUGACCACAUCAGUCGCUUUCUGAACAUGAUGACCAAAAUGAAGAAGGCGGGAAAUCCUGUCACAAAUCGUGCUGCAAUAAAGAAGCUACUAGAUUCACUUCCCAAGGAAUGGAGCCUACAAUGCAUGAUGAUCAAGAAGGAUUUCCUCAACAAUCCAAAUCCUGUCACUCUUUCUGAUCUGAUCAACACCCUAAGAGCCUUUGAAAUGGAUGUCAACAAAAGAGAGAUGAACACUGCUGGAUAUCAAUCAAAGUCAACUCAAACCUCAGCUGGAUUGAAGAAUGUGGCAUUUCUUGCUUCAGGGGGCAUUACUCCACAAGCUUCUGACUUAAUCUACGCGAACUCUUCUGCAAGCGCAUCAAAAGCCCCACAACUUGUUGAGAAGACUAUCACUGUUGACACUCAAGCGUUGAAAGUGUCCACUGAAAACGUGGCACUCUUCAACACAUUCCUGAGCAGCUAUGAAGCCCUAAUGUCUGGGGAACUGAAAAAGGAGAUGUUCACUGCUGAAGACAUGUAUCAGUUCGAGUUGUCACACAAUGCGUCUCCUAGCACCCCAAAAGCUUUAGUCGUUGAAGACUACGAUUGGAGUGAAGAAAUCACUGAAGCAAAGGAGCAAGUUAACAAAGCCCUGAUGGCCAAGAUCUCAGGUGAUUCCUCAUCAAGGCAGUUUGAGAAGCAGACAGUUGGAAUUCCGACAGGAGACAAUGCUGCUGACAAGGGAUUGAAAAGCAUUCUGACUUCAGUGGAGCCUGACAAAGAAGAGAAGUGUGGUCAAGCAGAGAAGCAUGUUUCGAAAGAGACAUCUGAGAAAGGAAAGGAUAAGGUCCCAGCAGUAGCCAUGAAAGCAGAUUCAUCAAAGGAAAAGGCUGACAAGGACUUGGUAAACAGUAUUCCACUUAGUUUCAAAGAGAAAUUAUGCUCACCUGCAUGCGUUGAUGUCGUGGCACAUUACAAGUUCUUAAACCUAGAAUUUGAAAGAAUUAAAAAGGAUAGCUUUGGAAAAUUCCGCACCGAGGAAAUUCCCGAAUUUAUUCCUUCCAGAACAGGUAUGACAGAAUCAGAAAGGAGUAUCACUAAAGACCAAGACAAUGAAGAUUCAAGCAUCACUACCACAGAAGACGAGCAAAGGUCAGAAAGUUCAAGUGAAGAUCAAACAGCUAGUGAUGAAAGCUUCGAAUGUUCAAGUUAUGAAACCAUUGAAGACCAAGACUCAAAAAGUGCAAACAAAGAUCGAAGCUACAAUGAGUCAAGUUACGAAGCAAGUGAAGAGCAAAGCUCAAGCGAGGACAACAUGUCUGAAAGCUCAUUCGAUUCAGACAGUGAUGAAGAACAUUCAGAAGAUGAAAGCAGAAAUAAACGCCAGAAAUGGCUCCGAAUGCUUAUGGAAUACAUCUGGCACGUCGACAGCGGAUGUUCAAGACACAUGACAGGAUUGAAGGAACUUCUGAAGAACUUUCGCUUUAUUGAUGGUGAUUUUGUAUCUUUCGCUGGAGACGAGAAGGGAGGAAAGAUUGUUGGAGUAGGAGAUGUGGUGUCUGAAGUCCUCACGCUAGAGAAUGUCAACUAUGUUCCGGAGCUGUGCUACAACCUCAUGAGUGUCUCACAAGUCUGCGAUAAAGGAAUAUCGGUGCUUUUCAAUGACAUGGAAUGCUUGUUCCUAAAGCCCGGUUAUGUUGUUCCUGCAGAAAUGAUCAUGCUCACUGCUCCAAGAGAAAACAACACAUACGUGCUCAACAUGAAAAAUGCCAAGACAAAUGACAACUUGACCUGCUUAAUCUCUAAGGCUUCAGAAUCGGAGUCACUGCUUUGGCAUAGACGAUUGGGGCAUGGAAAGCAGCAUAAGAAACCGCACAAGUCCAAAGCAGUGAAUACGAUAUCUGCACCACUUCAAUUGUUGCAUAUGGAUCUUUUUGGUCCAAUCAGUGUUAAAAGCCUUGCUAAAAGCUCUUACUAUUUGGUUGUCACAGAUGAUUUCUCUCGGUUUUCAUGGGUCUAUUUUCUUGAAGCAAAAAGCGAGACAGCUGAAGUCCUCAAAACAUUCAUCCCGCUGAUUGAAAAUGUGACCAAAUUGAAAGUGAAGUCGAUCAGAAGUGACAAUGGGUCCGAGUUCAAAAAUCAGACCUUCAUAUCCUUCUGUGCUGAAAAGGGAAUUCAUCUCCAAUACAGUGCAGCCAGAACUCCCCAACAAAAUGGAGUUGCUGAACGCAAGAAUAGAACGUUGAUCGAAGCUGCACGAACCAUGCUGGUGGACUCAAAGCUUCCAAUCAUCUUCUGGGCAGAAGCAGUAAAUACGGCAUGCUACGUUCUAAACAGGGUACUGAUUGUAAAACCACAUGGAAAGACUGCAUACGAACUUCUUUUCAAAAGAAAGCCGCUCAUUGACUUCUUCAGACCGUUUGGCUGUUCGUGCACCCUUCUUAACACUCAGGAAAAUCUCAUCAAAUUUGAAGCUGUGGGUGAUAUCUGCUACAUCAUGGGGUAUUCAUCCACACAGAAGGCCUACCGUGUUUACAACAAAAGAACAAAGAUGGUAAUUGAAUCCUACUACGUCGAUUUUCAAGAAGGAAACUACACCAACACCGGAAGUACUCCUGACUGGUUCUAUGAUGUGGGUGUGAUUUUUAACACCUUUGAAAUUCCGGAUGUAGCUCCAGAAACUGAGUCUGAUGAAGACACGCAAGUUGAACCAUUGUUUGACUCAUCUGACAUUGGUUUAACUCCGUUUACCACCCGUCUAUCUCCAUCAUCUGCUGACCCUAUUCUGGCCGCGAAUGUGGAUGAACCAACUCAAGAAGAUGAUCUAACGGUGCUUCUUCUUCAAGACUCCAGUUGGGUCCAGGCCAUGCAGGAAGAGCUGUCUCAAUUCAGAAAGCUUAAAGUUUGGGAACUAAUGGAUGAUCGUGGAGUGGUGAUCAAGAACAAGUCCAGAUUGGUGGUACAGGGCUUUCGUCAGGAAGAAGGGAUUGACUACGAAGAAGUAUUCGCUCCAGUUGCACGACUGGAAGCAAUCAGAAUAUUCUUAGCUUAUGCAUCAUAUAGAAAUUUCAAAGUUUUUCAAAUGGAUGUCAAGAGUGCUUUUCUCUAUGGGAAAGUGAAGGAAGAAGUGUAUGUAUAUCAGCCACCAGGGUUCGAAGACCCUCAUUUGAUACUUCAAGUUGGACAAAGCGCUCUAUGGUCUUCACCAAGCUCCACGUGCUUGGUACGAGACUCUGUCCACAUACUUGUUAGAAUGUGGAUACACCAGGGGAAAGAUCGACAUGACUCUCUUUACCAAAAAGAUCGGGGAGGAUGUAAUGCUGGUUUAAAUCUAUGUCGAUGA